AUGGGGCAUCUCAUUGUCGCCGAGGAUGCGCGCGCCGCCUUAGAGCUUGACAAGGUGCUGUUCAUACCCGCCGGACAGCCGUGGUUCAAGUCAUACAGGCAGAUUACGGAGGCGCACCACAGGCUGGCGAUGGUGCAGCUUGCCGUCAAGGACAGUCCGCUCUUCGAUGUGUCGGACAUCGAAGUCGAGCGCAGCGGUCCGAGCUACACGGUGGACACUCUACAAGAGUUGCAUGAACUGUACUCGGACGCCGAACUUAUUGUGAUUCUCGGCUUGGACGCGCUGCGGGAGAUAGACCGGUGGCACCAGCCGAGCCGAGUCUUUCAGAUGGCAAGCGUUGCAGGUAUGGCGCGUCCCGGCGCAACGCUAGACCCGAGUGUGCUGCACGCCGCCAUUCCGGGCGCGUCGAGCCGUAUGCGCCUGCUGGAUAGCGCGCUGAUUGACAUCAGCGGCACCGACAUACGCAGGCGCGCUUCUGCAGCCAGUCGAUCCGCUACCGUGUGCCUGUUGAAGUCGAGAGAGGUCUUCAUGGGCAACAAUGACGCUGAGAUCAUACUUGAGCUUGCCAAGGAUAAGGGCGCGCUGACAUUCGGCGAGUUUCGUCUUUCGGCGGGCGGCACGAGUUCGUACUACUUCGACGGGCGCAUCGUUACUCUCGACCCGAAGGGGGCAUACCAUGUGGCGCGCGCGUUCCUGACGGUGCUUCGGGAGUGCGGCGCGGCAGCAAUAGCUGGGCCAACGCUCGGUGCCGACCCGAUCGUUGCCGCGGUGUCUGUGAUGAGCUACCAGGAUGACGGCUCGGAAAUCCCGGGCCUCAUCGUUGCGCAAGGAGGCGAAGGAGCACGGCGGCAAGCGCGCUAUCGAGGGACCGCUGGUGCCUGGGUCUCGCGUCGCAGUUGUGGAUGA